AUGGUAACCAAGGUGAAUGACAUAGUGAAGGUCAUCUUGAAUGUGUACUUACCGUAUUUUAGUAACUGCUUAAACAGAUUUCACGUGUCUUCUGCAUCUCAUUCUUCUUCUUCUUCUUCUAUAAAUGUUUUCCAGUUGGGAAAGUACACAGUGUCUUUAUUUCCAGUCAAUCCUCAGAGGUCUACAUUAACAUCUUCGCCGUUGUUUAAUCAUUCUCUCACAGUACCUCUUUUGAUUGCGACACCAACUGAAGAAGGAGAAUUUCCAAUACUAGUAUUUCUCCAUGGUUUUCUGCUCGAGAAUUCUUUCUGUUCUCAACUAAUCCAACACAUUGCUUCUCAUGGUUUCAUUGUCGUUGCCCCUCCUCAGUUACCGAACAGUGGUGAAAUCGAGUCAGCAAAAGGAGUAACAGAAUGGUUGUCAGUUGGACUCUGUCCCGUACUGCCACCAGUUGUUCGACCUAAUCUAUCUAAGGCAGCACUCGGUGGUCACAGUAGAGGUGGAAAAAUUGCAUUUGGCCUAGCUCUAUCUUACACUAGUAACCCUAAAAGCAAUAGUGAUAGUUCGUUGAUCAAGUACUCAGCUCUAGUGGGUAUUGAUCCAGUUGAAGGACUGAUGAAAGGUAUACCAAUUCCUCCACUCGUUCUAACCUAUGUUCCUCACUCUUUCGACCUAGAUAUGGCGGCUUUAGUUGUGGGAUCCGGCCUUGGAGAGAUUAAGAGAAAUCCACUUUUUUUUGCUUGUGCUCCAAAAGGUGUAAACCAUGAAGAGUUUUACAGUGAAUGUCGAUCUCCGGCUUGUCAUUUUGUCGUCAAGGAUUACGGACAUAUGGAUACACUCGACGACGAAACUAAAGGGAUUAAAGGGGCCGUUACUUAUUGUGCUUGUAAGAAUGGGAAAUCUAGGGAGGCAAUGAGGAGCUUUGUUGGGGGGAUUACUGUUGCUUUUAUGAAAGCAUAUCUUGAAGGUGAUGAUAGUUACUUAAAUGCUAUCAAGGAUGGGAAAAAUAUUAAUCUUCCUGUUCAGCUUCAAACUGUUGAGUUUUUAUAGGACUGAUUUACAGUUAAGUGUUCAGCUUCACACUGUUAUGUUUUUAAGAAUUUCCUUCCAAAUUCUCUAUUGUACCAUUAAUCUGAUGUUGUUAGUCCACACAUUUCCAUGUUUGCAGGAAGAAUACACUGAAAUUCACAAAAC